UCUCGCAAUUACUACAGCUCCUGAAGGCAGCCGUAGGUCCUAAAAUUCAGUGCGCAGGUGGAAAAGGACCGCGGAAUUACAUUACAGCUUAGCCUUUGCCUUUGGUCUGGCAUGUUAGAUUUUGCUGAGUACUUCUUUUUUUUAUCUUCAACUUUGAGGAGAUUCAGCAGAGUUUUUCUUUCUUGAUUUAAUUUUUUGAAUCCCGUAGUGAGUAGCCCGGUGUCACGCAUGGCUCCCCGGGUGGUCUGGCUCCUGGUCGCGCUUUCCGGUGUCCUGCAUGUGCGCUCCUGCUGGGCUUAUACCUGUCCGACCAUCUGCCGCUGCAGCGCCGACACCUUUCAGUGCAGCAGAGACACUCAGCUGGCCUCUCGGGCCAGGGCAACAUCCGUGCUUCGACUAAGACUCAGUCAUCUGCCCUUGAAAGAAGUCCCCACUCAUGCCUUCAAGGACCUGAUCAACAUUACAAUAAUAGAGAUCUCCCAGAGCAACUGCAUCACACGAAUAAAGAGACAUGCCUUCCUCUCCCUCCACAACCUGGCUGAAAUUUCAGUGCAAAAUAUCAACAGUCUAAGGGUUAUUGAAAAAGGGGCCUUCACUGACCUGCCCAAGCUGGGAUAUUUAAGCAUCUCUAACACAGGGCUGAUACACUUCCCAGACUUUACAACUAUCUCUUCCCUGGCGCCAUAUAUUAUUCUAGAAAUGGCAGACAACGUGAGGGUUGACAUCAUUCCUGCCAAUUCUUUCCAGGGUAUCACAGAGGAGUAUGUUGACAUGAACCUGGUUAGAAAUGGCUUCAAGAAAAUAAAAGCUCACGCAUUUAAUGGAACCAAGCUCAACACACUGAUUUUGAGAGACAACAGAUAUCUCAGUGACAUUCAAGAAGACGCUUUUGAAGGAGCCACAGGUCCAAUUUCUCUGGAUGUUUCCUCCACAGCUGUGAGUUCUCUCCCCCCGAAAGGAUUGAGGCAGGUGAGAUUUCUGAAAGCCAGCUCUGCAUUUGCUCUGAAGACCCUCCCUCCACUGGAGAGCCUGGCGGAGCUGCUGGAGGCCGAACUCACAUACUCCAGCCACUGCUGUGCCUUCCACACAUGGCGUCGGAAACAAAGGGAAAGUGCCUUAAAGAACUUAUCAAAGUUUUGUGAUUUCACCGAAACUGAAAUAGAGCCCAUUCCAGAUGGCGUGAAUCCUAUCGAUGACAUCGACUUUCAGUACCCAGACCUGGAAUUUCUUUGUCUUAACAGCCUCUUCGUCAAGUGCACGCCAACACCAGAUGAUUUUAACCCUUGUGAGGACCUGCUGGGGUAUUCCUUCCUGCGCUGUCUCACCUGGAUAAUUACAGUGUUUGCUGUGACUGGUAACCUGGCUGUUCUGGCUAUGCUGCUGAUUAGCCACCACAAGCUAACCAUCUCCAGAUUCCUCAUGUGUAAUCUGGCCUUCGCUGACCUCUGCAUGGGGCUCUACCUGAUGCUUAUUGCCUUCAUGGACUACCUCUCCCGCCACCAGUACUACAACCACGCCACAGACUGGCAGACAGGGCCCGGAUGUGGCAUAGCAGGGUUUCUGACUGUGUUUGCCAGCGAGCUAUCAGUAUAUACACUGACUGUGAUUAGCAUUGAACGCUGGCACACCAUCACCAAUGCCAUGCGUGUCAACAAGAGGCUGCGGAUGCGCCAUGUGGCAGCCAUAAUGGGGGCAGGCUGGGUCUUCUCUCUGCUGGUUGCCCUGCUCCCUCUUGUGGGGGUCAGCAGUUACAGCAAAGUGAGCAUCUGUCUGCCCAUGGACAUCGACAAUCUGGCCUCUCAGGUUUAUGUGAUGGCUGUGCUCAUUCUCAAUGUUGUCGCUUUCCUGGUGGUCUGCUACUGUUACAUAUGCAUAUAUCUGAGUGUUCGCAACCCAGAGCACUCUACUCGUCAUGGAGACACCAAGAUUGCCAAGCGCAUGGCUGUGCUCAUUUUCACCGACUUUGUAUGCAUGGCCCCAAUCUCCUUCUUCGCCAUCUCCGCAGCCCUGUGUAUGCCCCUCAUAACCGUGUCUCACUCAAAGAUUCUGCUUAUCCUUUUUUAUCCCAUCAACUCCCUCUGCAACCCUUUCUUGUACACCCUCUUCACACGGGCUUUCAGGAAGGAUGUGUGUCUGCUGCUGAGUCGCUGCGGCUGUUGCCAUGCCAAUGCUCAUGUACAGGUCACAUACUCUGGCUUCACACUUCAACAUGCCCAAGAGAAACCCUCACUCACUUAGCUUCUAUGCAUAUCAUAUUAAGAUGAAGGAUUGCUUUCUAAACAAGGGAGCAACAUGAUGAUUAAUACUGAGAAUUCUAUUAUGAACGUAAAGGCAGCAUCUGCUCCUCAAAAUGUAGCAUUUCUUGUACAUAGCAGGCACUGAUCAGGUUUGAUCUAGGUUAGUUUACAAUUUGAGAAUUUCAUUAGUCAGGACCAAGAGACCUCAAAUUAAAGACAUGUGAUGCGUUAUGUGAAGCAGAUGGAUGAAGCAGUAAUGGGGAACAAAUAAUUAAUAAUGGAAGUCUUUGUUUCAGCUCAUCAGAGAUGAGUUUUAGUGCCAUCUAUUGGGUUGUUGAACUCAGGGGACAUUUGGACUGGGAGACUUGAAGACAGCAGACAAGCCAGAUUAGCCACAGACACUCAGUUCAAGCAGUGUCUUCCAGAAAUAUUAGUGCUGUUCAAAAUGGCAUGGAUUUUCACGAAAAUACAUUUUAAUAAAAUAAAGUGUGCUCAAUUGAUACAUAUGCUAACCAUCUUUUUCAUAGUGUUUCCCCAUUUAGCUAAAAACACUUCUCAGCACCAUCUUUGACAUUUUGUUUCGUCCUUUCCAUCAACUUUCAGAGAUAAGCUUGCAUAUACUUUGGUUGACUUUACUGAUCUAAUCUCUAUUUGAAACUGUACAUAUUGAUAAAUAUGCUGGACAGAAACAUGUUUGCAGCUUGAACUUGCAAACCCUUGGGGGGUCCGGGUCCCCCCUCCAAAGUUGGUAGGUACAGUAUGCUAUGUGCAAAUUUGUACACUUCACUAUUUUUGACGUAAUAUUUGAAACUGAUGUACCAGAACAUUAACUUCACAAUUUUAUACUGAGGAAAACACACAAGGCCUGCCCCAAAGAAAUAUGGCCCAUGUCAAAAACAUUUUCCAAGGAUUUGUCACUCAUUUGUUUUGCAUGUUGUUGCUGGAGCUGUCACACACCCUUUAAAUAUUUUCUUUUUAGCUGUGGAGUAGCUAGCUUGAGUGUCUACCCAAUCCACAGUCAAACAGUGUCCAUGCUGGCAUUUAUAAAUUAAUUUUGUCAUGUUCGAGUGAAUUUGUAUGUAGUGGUUUUGUUUUAAUAGUGAAAAGAAAAAAAUAUAUAUAUAAAAAACUAAUGACAAGGGAACACUUGCUUUGUACAGGGUUGCACAGAAAAAAAGGGUUCAUUGAAUGCAGCACAGUAGUGCAGUUCAGUAUAUUUGAAGCAUGACGAAAGGCAAGCUAUUACAAUGUUUGAAAAUCAAACAGCACAUUAGGUACCUUUAAAGCAACAUGAUCAUGACAGAAGAAAACACAUUCCAGGUCAAAUAAUGUUUUGCUCCACUAAUAAAGAAAACUAUUUUCAGCUAAACAUUAUACAACAUAAAUUCAAGCUGUUUGUCUCAGUAGCAACGCUGGAAGUAAUUGGUUGUAACGUCGUAAAUGACUUGCAGUAUUGCUCAGAUAAUUACAUAAUGAAAAAAAAAAAAAAAAAGUAUCAGUGAUUUU